AUGAAUAUUUUAAUUACUCGGGCGUGCGUUGUCGGGACGCGGUUCUCCGCUAAUUCAGUAAUUAUCAAUCAGAAGAAUUUUGCAUUUUGCCGCCCUUCAAUAGUUCUUCCGGCUCGCUAUUUUCAUUCUUCGCUUACAACAUAUUAUGCUAAUAUACAAGGGCCCCCUCAAUCGACUUUUGAUAAAGUAUUGAUUGCAAAUCGUGGAGAAAUUGCUGUUCGUGUAAUUCGUACAGCUAAAAAGAUGGGCAUUAAAACAGUAGCAGUCUAUUCAGAUGCGGAUGCUCGAAGUUUACAUGUGGAAAUGGCAGAUGAAGCGGUCAACAUAGGGCCUGCACCAUCAAACCAAAGUUACCUCAAUAUUCCGAAUAUCCUCCAAGCAAUCAAAUCUACUGGAGCUCAAGCUGUACAUCCGGGUUAUGGGUUUUUAUCGGAAAACUCGCAUUUCGUGAAAGCACUUAACGAAGCAGGAGUCGCGUUUAUAGGACCAGGAGAAUCAGCAAUGGCAGACUUGGGUGAUAAGAUUCGAAGCAAGAUCAUAGCUAAGCAAUCUGGUGUUAACACUAUUCCUGGUUUUGAUGGUGUUGUAAAGGAUAGUAACCAUGCUUUAGAAAUCGCUCGAUCGGUCGGCUAUCCCGUAAUGUUGAAGGCUUCUGCGGGAGGAGGUGGAAAGGGUAUGCGAAUUGCGUGGAAUGAUCAAGAAGUUGUUGAUGGUUUCAAAAUUGCAUCUCAGGAAUCAUUAUCAAGUUUCGGCGAUAACCGUUUGUUAAUUGAGAGAUAUAUAGAUAACCCACGCCAUAUUGAGAUUCAAGUUGUUGCUGAUAAAUUUGGAAACAUUUUAUAUUUCCCUGAACGAGAGUGUUCGAUUCAAAGAAGAAAUCAAAAGGUAUAG